CGGGAGCGCGCAGGCUCAGCAGGGUCUAUCGUACAAGUGGUAUGUGUGCUUCUCUCGCGUCAGUGACUGCCUGUUUGAAUGCGAUUCCUGCGUUCUUCACUCAUCCCAUGUGCUGUAACGAAGAACCAUUUUUAAAUGUGCAUUUUUGACUUCAUCCGGCGGGAUAUUUAACGGACAGAUUAGCUUUCUUUUGUCCCUCGUUUUGACUGUAUGAGUGGCUCGUGAAGGACUGACAGGCGGCUUUUUGUGUGGCAUGUGAUAGAGACAAGAGACUGAGGCGUGUUCGUGUUUCACGGAUGUUACCGGGAAAAGAAGAGAGGGAAGAAGGAGCUUUCUUUCAUUUUAUGUUGCCUGUGGAUGUGACUUUAUCUCCGCCUGGGUUCAGCAGGACAUGACGGAGGAGCUCCGCCGGUGGAUUUUAUGGGGCUCUUGCUAGCUGUUGAAUGGCAAGAUGAACAAUGACUGUUGAGCCUAAUAGUUUUGUUUGGAUGCUGUUAUGUGAAUGCCUUGUUUUUAAACGCGCAGACAGUAAACGCAUUUUUAUCUCCGUGAAGUGAGAGCUAACGUUGGUGAAACUGAACACAGCACGGGGAGGAUCAAUUCAGGCGCGGCCAGGCAGGCAAACAAUGCGGAUUACCUCUUGACUGUUUUGCCUUUGUGUCAUACAGACCGUAUAAAGUUUGAGAUAACACUCGCAGGACGCAAGAAUACCCGGUCCUUUUUUAAUAGUCAUUUUAUUUUAUUGUCUUGGAAAAGAGACGGCUACAAACUGGCUGACAACAGAGCAACAGGGACAACGAUGGCGAACGACUCCAUACAAGUUCAUGGUGAAGCCCUGCUUCAUCUCUGAAUGGUCAAUGACUUUCCUACUUCUGUUUCAGUCGGAUUUGACACUCUGUAUGAGUUCUGCUAUUUUAUGUGAUGCUGCUAAAGCUUUCUGGAGACGGUAGUUCACUCACUCAAGCAGAAGAUUUUACACAGAGAGAGAGUCAGAGUAUGUUUCUAACAUGAAAAGUGGUUGCCAGCAGGGGUAACCACCGAGGGAAGUGGUUACAAUGGUCCAAGUCAAGUAUAGUUGCCAGGGGCAACAGGGCAGUUUCUCCUGUCAAGCCCUGUAGUAAUAAAACUCACUAAUUUAAGAGUUCCUCAGCAAUCCUCACCCAUGGCCAGUACUGAAUGAUUGGCAGUCCUUUGCUGGCUGAUCUUUACGGUACCAGAGACCUCACAGUGAUGACAUGUUGGGUGGGUUUUCACUAGUCAUAGGAAACCUUUUCUGGCCUGUGUAGUGCAGCCUGACCAGACUUCCUGUGAUGAAUGCUUCUGGACCAGCAACAGUCAGUGACCCAGAUGGGCUGUCGGUUCUGGAGCAGCUCGGCCUGGACCAGAAUUCGGAUUUCUCCGAUUCCAGUGUGCAGCAGCUUCUAGACGAGCAGCGCGAAAGGAUCCGUAGAGAGAUUCGUAAGGAGCUGAAAAUCAAGGAAGGAGCUGAGAACUUACGGAGGGCAACGACGGACAAGAGGAACGUACAGCAGGUGGACAGCCAGUUGCGUUCUUCUAACCGCAAGCUGGACAACCUACAUGCUCAGCUGCAACAACUGGAUGCUCACAUUGUGGUGAAGGGAGGAGAUGAGAAUAAAGAUGAGUGUCCUCAGUCUCCAGGGGCCGAGAGUCGUACGUCAGCCCACAAGGAUCGCAUUGCUGCCCUGGAGAGACAGCUCAACAUCGAGCUCAAAGUCAAACAGGGAGUUGAGAACAUGAUCCCCAUCUACGCUAAUGGAUCCACCAAGGAUAAGAAGAUGCUUCAGACGGCCCAGCAGAUGCAGCAGGACAGUAAGACCAAAAUUGACAUCAUCCGCAUGCAAAUCCGCAAGGCUGUGCAGGCCACCGAGCACAACGAUGACACACAGGGUAACCAGGACCUCUGUGGGAUGGAGCUGCGUAUUGAAGAGCUGAGGCAUCACUACAGGGUGGAGCAUGCUGUUGCUGAGGGGGCCAAAAAUGUGCUCAGGCUCCUGGGGGCCAACAAGGUCCAGGACAAGAAAGCCCUGUCUGAGGCACAGUCUCGUCUGAGCGAAGCUUCUCAGCGGUUAGACCUGCUGAGGAUCUCUCUGGACCAGCGUCUGGCCGAGCUGCCUGAGGACCAUCCCAAGGCCAGCGUCAUCAAAGAGGAGCUAGUCCUGGCCUCCUCCCCUGUCUUCAGCUCUCGCCAUGGCGCCCCUUAUCACCACAACCAGUACAGCACCCUCAGCAAGCCCUCUCCUCUCACUGGUACUUUACAGGUGCAGGUGCUGGGCUGUGGGGGGUUGUUGGAGGUGGUCCCAGGUCGCAAUAAAGGGACAGCUGUCAUGUUGCCCUGCUACAGCCCUGGAGACACCAGGUCCUUCAUGAGAGGCAGCAAGGGACUCUACGGACGGAGCGGCUCAGUCAGCGGGAAGACGCCCAGCAAGACAGAUGAGCUCUCCUCUGAAGUGAGUGCUGUGCUAAAGCUAGACAACAGUGUGGUGGGCCAGACACCUUGGAGGACUGUGGGAGAACAGGCUUGGGACCAGACCUUCACUGUGGAGCUGGAAAGGUCGAGGGAGAUGGAGAUCGCAGUCUACUGGAAGGACUAUCGCUCGUUGUGUGCUUUGAAGUAUCUGAAGCUGGAGGAGUUCCUGGACAACCAGAAACACAGAAUUCAGCUGGAGCUGGAGCCUCAGGGCCUGCUGCUGGCCGAGGUGACCUUCUUCAACCCGGUCAUUGAGAGAGUUCCUCGCCUCCAGAGGCAGAAGAAGGUCUUUUCUAAGCAGCAAGGCAAGGCAUUCCUUCGGGCUCGUCAGAUGAAUGUGGAUAUCGGGACCUGGGUGAGGCUGCUUCGAAACGCCAUUCCUACUGUCAACAACUCAGGAACCUACAGUCCCAGUGCGCACAGCCUGACACUCAACUCUGGGGAGGUGUCAGUGGAGAAGUUGAGUCUGGACAGCGACUCUCCGAUAAGAGGCGAUUACAAGAGAGACAUGGACGCACAUACCCCGGACCGACUGCCAAUCAUCGAGCCCUUCUCCCCCCCAGACCUCACCCCUGAGUGCCCUGUCCAAACCCCAUCUGUCGGCAGUAAGCAGAGGAAAGGUCCUCUGUCUCUCCAGGACUUCAGGCUGAUUGCUGUGUUGGGCAGGGGACACUUUGGGAAGGUGUUGUUGUCAGAAUACAAGAAGACCGGCACGAUGUACGCCAUCAAAGCCCUGAAGAAAGGAGAUAUCGUAGCUCGGGACGAAGUGGAAAGUCUAAUGUGCGAAAAGCGCAUCUUUGAGGUUGUGAACCUGUCGCACCAUCCGUUCCUCGUCAACCUGUUUGCCUGUUUCCAGACUCCAGAGCAUGUGUGUUUUGUUAUGGAGUACACAGCAGGAGGCGACCUGAUGAUGCACAUCCACACAGACGUCUUCACAGAGCCACGGGCCGUGUUUUAUGCAGCCUGCGUAGUUCUUGGACUUCAGUUUCUCCAUGACCAUAAGAUUGUGUACAGAGACCUCAAGCUGGACAACCUGCUGCUAGACACAGAUGGUUAUGUGAAGAUUGCUGACUUUGGACUGUGUAAAGAAGGAAUGGGCUUCGGGGACCGGACCAGCACAUUCUGUGGGACUCCAGAGUUUUUGGCCCCAGAGGUCCUAACUGAUACAUCCUACACCAGGGCAGUGGACUGGUGGGGACUGGGGGUCCUCAUCUAUGAAAUGUUGGUGGGAGAGUCUCCAUUCCCAGGAGAUGAUGAAGAGGAGGUGUUUGACAGCAUUGUGAAUGAUGAAGUCCGCUAUCCACGCUUCCUGUCCACUGAGGCUAUCGGCAUCAUGAGAAGGUUGUUGAGGAGGAACCCAGAGAGAAGACUGGGAUCUGGUGAAAAAGAUGCAGAAGAGGUGAAGAAGCAGCCAUUUUUCCGAAAUGUGGACUGGGAGGCAUUGCUGCAAAGGAAAGUGCCCCCUCCCUUUGUGCCCUCCAUUGUGGGCAAGGAAGACGUCAGCAAUUUCGACGAGGAGUUCACCGCCGAAGCUCCGGCGCUCACGCCUCCACGUGAGCCUCGCGUGCUCUCCCGCAAAGACCAGGACAGCUUCCGGGACUUUGACUACGUCUCUGACCUCUGCUAAUGGGCCGGGGGCUCACAGACCUAGACGAAUGUUCGAUUUUGAAGGCUUCACGACGGUUUCAUCUGAGCGGACCAACUGUCUCAACUGAGUGACUAUCCGCUGACUGUUUGUCUGCCAUUAAUUACACUGUGAAUGAAUGUGGAGAGACCGGAGCCAGUCGUCUGUGUUUUGUGUGUAUGCAGGGUUUUAAAGAUGGAGGACUGAGAAAAUAAAAGCUGGGACGGAUAGCUGAUGGGGUAAAAUGUUGGACAAACGAAAGCCCCCUCUCAAAUCAUUGUACAACACACCAGUGACUUGUAAAUCUUUACCAACAUUAGCCUUUAAAAUGCCUCCUCCCAUCCUCUUGUGUGUCAGUGUAGUCACCUGUGCAGCUGUAAGAGGAGGAGCUGUUGACUGUUUGGGGGGGUUGUUUAAUGGCCUCUCAUACCAAUGCCUUACAUUUGUACUUGUAUUUGAUCCACAGAAAAUCAUUUUGUUUUUAUGUUGUGGCCCUUUGUAUACAGCAGCAGGAACAGUGGUAAGAUGUGCUGCAGAAACACUCUCAACUCAAAAAGAAAAAGGAAAAAAAGAGGUUUUGCCCGUGAGAGUGGAAAUGGUGACGUUCAGAGUGACUCUGUACUCAAAGCUUUCCCAGCAGUCAUAUGAUGAUGACCCUCAGUCCUGCUGGCCGACGCUAGAAUUAUGAAUUAACUACGGGGUAAAGAACCACUUUCUGACUUCUGUUUAGACUUCUACCAUUUUCUCAUUUUCAAAAUAUGUGCUGGUUGGAUUUUAAUUUUUGCCACAAACGUUUUGUAAAGAAGUCAUAUUUUAUGACCGUUGACUCCUCAACGCAUUAUUCAAUACCCACCACAUACUUUUAAAUUUGAUAUUUGGGUAUUAUACACAGUGUGAUAUUAACAGUUGAAGCAGUAAUUCUUUUUAAUUGAAAAAGAAAAAUCUGAACACUAAGACUUGAUGUUCAAGUAACAUAACGGAGUCUGUCCAUUUUGGGGUUGAGACACAUUCAUUCAGUUAUCUAUAUGCUACCACGAGUUUUGUGAACAUGAAGAAAGUCAUUUCCCUCCAAGACGAUUAUACCUGACUUUAAACUCAACAAACACCGGCUCUAACUGUUGUUCUAGUUCCAGAAGUAUCCGUUUGUGUUCAUUGCAAUGUUUGGUAUCCAUUAUAUAGGUAGUGAUAAAAUCAUCUCUGUUUUAGCCAAAACCGAUUAAUAUCUUAGUGAUUUUGGAAAAGCUGGGUGGUUCCACAAGCAAAACUAACCUCAUUAGCCACUUUUCCACAGAAGAGCUUGCUGCAGUGAGUGCUUCCUUAUAUCCCAGCAAACAUUUGUUCAUUUGAAACACAAUGAUAAAUGUUGGAAAAUAUGAGCCAGUGGUAAACACUUUACCAAUUCUGGGUUUGUUGUGAAGCAGUAUGUAUGAUGGUGUGGAUCUUACUCAUCUUGUGUAUGACAAUACAAAACCAUGUGAGAGUAUGAGAUGACUUAUUUUAUAAAGAAAACCUGGAGUGAAUAUUCCGUCUGUGUAUUAAGUGUAUGGGCGUGUUCAUUCAAACCAAAGAAAGGCUCAAGUACAGAUACCACAAAGGCAAGUAAAAAAAAAAAAAAGAUGCAAUAACGUGCAUCUCAGUAAAAACAAAAAAAAGAACAUAGUAUAUAAGUAGUCAUAUUUGUGACUGAAUGAAUAGGUCAGGAUCCUAAUUGGUCACUGAUCUGUUUUGGAUUAAAAUUUUGGUUUGCAAUAAUUAAAUAUUGUUUAUCACCUUUCA